AUGCUAAUUUUAUGUCUUGCCAAUUUGGCACUCUCAUUUCGAUUGACGGCUGAGAAAACAGGCACGCUUCCAAAGCCUACCAAGGUACUCUCACCGCGCACCUCUGACAAAAUAGAUGGUACAAAUACUUCUGAUGACGACUUAAUGGCAAUGGGCCCCAGAAACAUGAAUGAUUUGGUGAAGCAUGUAUCGACAUACACAGACUUUAAUCUGCUGCUGGCAGCACAACUAUUUCUGCCAAAUUCAGACUCAAAGGAUUUUGUCGACAGGCCAACAAAAAGACCGAUUAAGGACAUAAGCCAUGAUUUUGAGAAGUUGCAGAAGGAACUUGGGAUUGACCGUUUCGUUGCAACUGACGAACAAUACGACACGAAGGAAGAUCUAGGAACGUUGAUGGCGUACGUUAUGAAGAUGCAGCCUAAAUCAGGUGACAAAGACAAGGUGCACGCUUUGCAGAAAUUCAUCGACGAGAACUUCGAGGCUCCCGGCAGUGAUCUGACCGAACAUCCGCUUGACGACUAUAAAGACGAGCCGCCGUUCCUGAGCAGCAUCGCCAACGAAGACGUAAGAGAUGUUACGCUAGGAUUGAACAGGAUGUGGAAAGAGCUGAGCAGAGUUGCUGUGGUGAAAAAGGGGCACGAAUCGACAUUGCUGAACCUCCCGCACCCGUUCAUAGUGCCAGGUGGAAGGUUCAGAGAAUUUUACUACUGGGACACAUACUUCAUCCUCGAAGGUCUCGUGGUAUCAAAGAUGGAUAAAACAGCAAGCAACAUCAUCAAAAACUUCAUGCACAUCAUAGACACACUGGGAUACAUCCCGAACGGCACACGUAAGUACUACAUGUACAGGUCACAGCCGCCAUUCUUCCCCCUGAUGCUUCUCAAGAUGCUUGACCUGGACGGUGGUAAAUAUAACAAGCUGAUCUUGAACAAGGGACUGGAAAUGGCACUGAAGGAGUACGCUUUCUUUGAUAAGUACAGGUCUGUGCUCGUUAAGGGACGUGACGGCAAACUCCACAAGCUUAAUUAUUUUCACGUGACAACAGACUUUCCAAGGCCUGAAUCGCUGAGCGAGGACAUGCAUACGUAUCUCUCACAGCAGAAACUCUCGGAACGCGAAGUUUACAGCAAUCUCAAGUCCGGUGCUGAGUCUGGAUGGGACUUUUCGAGUAGGUGGUUCAAAGAUGAGAGCGACAUUUCGACGAUAAAUGCGUACAACCAAAUUCCGGCAGAUCUUAACGCUAUCCUGUUCAAGGACGAGCAAAUAAUCUCAACAUUGCUCAAAAGGGCAGGCAGACACGACGAGGCAAGGAAGUUCGGUGAUCUAUCGCUAAAAAGAAUGGAAGCUAUCAACCAAGUGCUGUGGAACAAGGACGUGAGUUCAUGGAAUGACUAUGACACCGAAAACAACAAGUUUGUGGCGCGCCGAUUCUACUUUUCGAAUGUUUUCCCUCUUAUCAUGGGAGUCGAACCGCCAACAGGCAAUAUUUACAACGUUCUGCAGAGCUAUCAGAAAGAAUUGUUCAGCUACAUUGGUGGUGUGCCUGUCAGCGGACCAGGGAAAGACACCGGACAGCAGUGGGACUUCCCGAACGUGUGGGCGCCGCACCAAUUCUUGAUUGUGGAAUUUUUGUACAGCAAAGGUGAGCAUAAGAUGGCAUUGCAGAUAGCCAGGGCAUUUUACAACUCGGUGAGCGUUGGGUUCAAACAAAAAGGCGUAUUUUACGAGAAAUACAACGCAGAGCAGCUCGGAUUCACCGGUGAGGGUGGUGAAUAUGCUGCGCAGACAGGAUUUGGAUGGACGAACGGAACAGCACUCAGCUUUAUUUCCAAGUUCAAGGAUCAGCUUGCAGAGGCAUACGAUCAUCAGAAGGAGUUCAAAGAGAUUGUCGAGCUGCUGGUCCAGAAGGCAUACAACGAGGAACUAGGAGAGACUAACAAGGCAGAUGGGAAUAACGAGAUAAAACCAAGCCUUGAUAUAUUAUUUGAGGUGGGAACAAAGGCAAAUCCGGUUGAGAUCAUAUAAUUUUAAUUAUACUUAUUUUUAUAGCGA